UCUUGCUCCUAUCCCAACAACACAUACAGUUGCCGUUGCGUGCCACCCGCAAAACUUCCUCAAGAAAGGUGAAGGCUUUGCGUUUGCGCAUGACCGCCUACGUCCGAUACCGAUGUCGCGCAAUGUGUGCGGGUGUGAGAAGGUAAGGUACGCGGGCCCAAAAAAUCGAACAAGUUGCCACUCACCGUGCGCCAGACGUGUCGUCAGAACCAAACAGACCUUAAAGGUGAACAGAACUGGACGGUCCUUCUACUCCUGCUCUGCUGCUGGGUAGGAGCUCCUCCAAACCGUGGGCCGAAGGUGUUUCCAGCUGCUGCGAACGACCCAGCGACGACCGCAGACAGUGACGGCGGAUCUCGUUCGGCUAUUUAUUGGUUAUCUGGUCUAGUUCGUAAUUUGCAAGGAUUGUGCGACGCGACCGGAUACGAGCAGGAGGCUGCGUGUGCGUGCGUGUGCGUGUGUGUGGAGUGCUGGAAUUUGAAUCGUAAUUAGGCUGAAUCGCGCCCUACGUGACGAUGCCCAGCGCUAGGAGGAUGAUCCUGGGGCACGUUAUGUCCGGUCUGUGCACGAAGAUGAACCGCACCAAACAGCUUCCGGCGGAUCUGAUGGAAACUCCGCUGAAUCGGUGCCUAAAUACCUUCGACAUAACGCUGCUGGGUAUCGGUCACAUGGUCGGUGCAGGAAUCUACGUGCUCACCGGUACGGUCGCACGCGAGAUGGCUGGCCCUGCGAUCGUGCUUUCGUUCAUACUGGCCGGUUUGGUUUCACUGCUGGCGGCCCUGUGCUACGCCGAGUUCGGUACCCGUGUCCCGAAGGCGGGCUCGGCCUAUGUCUACACGUACGUUUCGAUCGGCGAAUUUUGGGCGUUUGUCAUCGGCUGGAACAUUAUCCUGGAGCACAUGCUCGGUGCGGCGUCGGUCGCCCGUGCCUGGAGCGGGUACGUGGACUCGAUGCUGGGCAACAUAGUGGCCAACAUUACGAUGGAAAUUACGGGCGAGAUGCACGAACAGCUGCUGGCCAAGUAUCCCGACUUUCUGGCCUGUUUCGUGUGUCUCAGUUAUGCCGUAGCGCUGGCGGCCGGUGUCAAGGCGACGGCCAUGAUAAACAGCAUACUGACCACGGUGAACGUGGCCGUCAUGGCGCUGGUGGUGGUGUUGGGCUUCUGGUACGCCUCCCCCGACAACUGGUCCCUGCCGGAGCAGGGCUUUAUGCCGUACGGGUUUGGCGGUGUGCUGGCCGGGGCGGCCACCUGUUUCUACGCGUUCGUCGGCUUCGACAGUAUUGCCACGUCCGGUGAGGAGGCGAAAAAUCCGAGUUUCUCCAUACCGUUGGCCACCAUCCUGUCGCUGUGCGUGGUGACGGUCGGGUACGUGCUGGUGAGCGCCGCCCUAACGCUCAUGAUUCCCUACAACGAAAUCAACCCGGCCGCGGCCCUACCGGAUGCGUUCGGUAUGCGCGGCAUAACGUGGGCAAAGUAUGCGAUCUCCACGGGUGCCAUCUGCGGGAUGACGACGACCCUGCUCGGAUCGCUCUUCGCUUUGCCCCGCUGCCUGUAUGCGAUGGCCAGCGAUGGAUUGCUGUUUUCGUGCUUCGGCAAGGUUAACACGAAGACGCAGGUACCGCUGCUGAAUCUCGCCCUGUCCGGCAUCUGUAGUGCACUGUUGGCGCUGCUGUUCGAUCUGGAAAAGUUGGUCGAGUUUAUGUCGAUCGGUACGCUGCUCGCCUAUACGAUCGUUUCGGCGAGCGUGAUCGUACUGCGCUACCGCCCGAUAUCGGUAGAGGAAACUGUCCACCUGGCACCGGACACACCCGGCACGGAUGAGGAAGAUGGGGGACCAGCCCUGCCUGGCACGACCGCAGGUGCCGCCGGGGGCGGCAUUGAUUCGUCCUCUCAGUCGAGCACCAUCGACCCAUCAUCGCCGACGAGUGAAAUGAUUGAGAUUGCGCUGGCCGGUAGACUACGGCCACAGUUCCGGUGGCUGGAACCGGUGCUGGGACGGUGCGAACCGGGCGUGGCCUGUUCCGGGGCCGUGCUAAUGUUUUGUGUGCUGAGUGUAGCCGUCUGCUUUCAGUUGGAGAAUUCCUGGGACGAGCUGUACAACGGAACGUGGUGGGCGUUAGGGCUUUACGGGUUCCUUCUGUUCUGUCUCGUGGCGUGUGUUGUUGUCAUCUCGGCUCAUCAUCAAAACAAGCGCGGAUUGCAAUUCAAGGUACCGUUCGUACCGUACAUACCGGCAUUGAGCAUUUUCUGUAACAUCGAGCUGAUGGUGCAUCUGAGCUUCCUGACCUGGUUGCGAUUCUUCAUCUGGCUGUCGAUCGGUAUGCUCGUGUACUUCCUGUACGGCAUUCACAACAGCAAGGAGGGCGAACUCGGUACGUCCUACUCGAUGCUGAUGUCGACGAGCGAAGCGAUCCGUGGCUGGGGCUCCACCAGUACCGCCCUUGGCGGCGGGACAAAGGUAACGGUAACGAAGAUCAUCAAGGGCAGGAUCAGCCGCAAGACAGCCGGUGACAGGCAGGCGAUAGUGGACGAUGAUGAUGAUGAAGAUUCUUAAACACCGGAACGCGGCAGGUGCCCUCCGAUAUGAUCACCUGUGAGGAUUCCAUCUGUACGGGUAGGGGAUUAUUCUAAGGUACGCGUUCCAGAGCCAGCAGAGAGCAAUGUAUUUGUUAAGAUGUUUGUUUGUUUCACAAAACCAUUUCCGAGGUAUUUGUUGUACUUCUUACACGAGAGAAAGAGAGAGAGAGAGAGAGAGAGAGCAACUAAAACGGUCCAAAAUGGCAACCACUCUGUCAUACCAUAGGCGAUAUAUCUCAUCAGUGCAAAAUUUGUAGGUACAACAAGUUUGUUAACAUUUUUACGAUGCUAUCUACCAAAGAAUCUAUCACCAGGCCAGGCGCAAUCCCAACACAAAAUUUGUGUCCUGCCAGUGCACGGCAGUACUGUUAUUACACGCCUAAUUUAAGCAUUGACUACACUGCUGUACGUCGGUCUACACGGAGCGCGGAAUGAAGUGAAUGAACGUUUAUAGUACAUCUUCUAUGGAAUGGUGUAGAACCGUUUCAAUGCACAGUAUUAGAUAUUAUGCUACUAACGAUUGCCUUAGAACAAACAAUGUGUCUGCAUAAAGUAAGUGUAAUGCGCUGUGUUUUUAAGUUUCCUUCAUUUCCCUCCACUGCAGGUAGCUCCUGCCUUUCUUCUACCUUCCAAUUACUUACAGCAGAGUAAGCAACAGGAUUAGUAUUAAAACUGUUACCCACUGAAGAUUGUUUAGAGUACACGCCCCGUUAGGAUUUAAUUAUCGAGGUCAAACGCACAACUUAUGCUUCCAACAUAUGGUUUUACUAUGACAAUUGCAAUGUCUAUAAUGUAAUUCGUAACCACCGAAAGUUGUAAGCUUUAGUCGCUAUGUGUUUGAAAAAACAGAAAACGAGGGAAACCAAACCUUAAAACGGGUACUUUCUGCCAUAGCAAAUCCCUAUAUUAUCCACACACACACUCUUCUGAUUACUUCUGCGCUGUGUAAAAGUCUAGCAACACGCACGCACCACCUAUAAUUGCUUUCGAUGGUUGCCUUUAGAGUUGUCCACUAGGUUUGUUUGCAAACUAAAUUUAGAAGUAUCAUUAUGAAAACAACUAAUUAGACUACAAACACUGCAACACACUGGUGCACGUGUAGCGAAUCGAGCCGUAAUCGGCCAUAUUGUAUAUUUAACACAUGACCCUAUAGUAGAAAGUAAUGCACCGUCAAUGAAGAGAUACAUAUUCAUAUUACCAACCUAAUGGAUGGCGCGAUCAGAGCAACAUCACCAACCGUCGUUAGUAAGCUAUUUAUUCGCAUCCCGUAUUUCAAGGUACUACACUCCAGCCGAUACUCGCGCGGUACCUGUGCACGAAAGCCACCAUAGAGAGAGACCCAUACGCUAGUACAACGGUAGACGCACUCAUACAGUCGGAUCCAUCAAAAGUACACAACUAGUUCAAUUAGUAGUGGCCGACUACCGAUGUGUUUUUCUACUCUACUGGGUUUUGUGGCAACGUUUUCCCACCCUCUUUUUUUACCCUUUUAUUACGACAACUCAACAAACUGCAACAUGUAUGGCAAACUAUACAUCGCUUUAUGACGUAUUAAAACUAAACGGAUAUUGAACAAGCGUAACGCAACUAAUCACACAAAACCACAACAUAAGGAACAAUAAAGUAUACACACAUAUGACGAAUUUAACUAAA